AUGGCAACAAACAAUAAUGUACAAAUGAAAAUAGAAAAUGAUAAUCAUUUAUCUCAAUAUGAUGAUCAUGUUCUUUUUAUUUAUAUUAAUCAAUGGGAAAAUCAUUCGAUUGCAAAAAUUCAACUAACAGCUCAACAAGCUCGAAAUGAUCUUCAAGGAAUUUUUAAUAAAAAACGUCAAGAUUUUGCUAACUUAUUAAAUCAAAUCAAUAAAGAAGUUGAUACAAAUUUACAUGAAAAUAUUAAUCUUUCGAAAUGUGUAGAACAAUUAGAUAAACUUCGACAAGAUUUAUCAAAUCUAUCGACAUGUAUUUAUUUAGAACAUGAUAAAAAUGAAUCACCGAUACAUUU